AUGCUAUCUAUCGCCAUUUUUGUACUGCACUUCCUUUUGGCUGGCGUACGUUAUGCUUACGCUCACUACGAGGAUGGCGGUCCAUUCAGCUUUGAUCCAAAGGCUGCUGAUUACAACAAUCAGUUCAUAUCUCAUCAAGCGCCCAUCCUUGUCUUAGAGAAUGUCCGCGUUAUUGAUGGUACGGGAAACGCACCAGAAGAGGCUCAGACAAUCGUAAUUGAAGACGGGAAGAUUACUGCAUUGGGAGCCACAGGAUCAAUUCCGGUGCCAGAGGACGCCAAAGUUAUCUCUGCCGCUGGCAAGACAGUCCUCCCAGGCUACGUUAUGCAUCACGAACAUCUCUACUAUCAUUCCUUAUCACAAGUGCCUGGCAUGCCAUAUCUGGCUACCCCAUCAAUGGUAACCGUCCCGCGCUUGUACCUCUCCGUCGGCGUGACCACGGCGCGGUCCAUUGGGACUUACCACCCAUUCGACGACCUCAAACUGAAGGAGGGCAUCGACAAAGAUAUUCUACUCGGGCCGGACCUUUUUCUCACGGCACCUUUCAUACAAGGCGACCCUGAGUACUACCAACUCAUGCCUGAAAUCAACUCUGCUGAAGCUGCGAAACGCGAGGUCCGAUAUUGGGCUGAGCGUGGAUUUCACAACUUCAAGACGUAUGUCGACAUAUCGCGUUCUGAAAUAAGAGCAGCGGCGGAGGAAGCCCAUCUUCAUGGUAAGAAUAUCAGCUCUCACCUUUGCUCGGUAUCGAUUCUCGAGGCAUUGGAUGCUGGCAUCGACGAAAUCGAGCAUGGGUUUCAGUCCAUUGCUGUUGACAUUCUACGAUUGCACGAGGGAGAGGAAGUAGGAUUUCAGGCAAACUCCACCAUAGGCCGAGAUACGAGCCUAGGGGAGCAAUUCGUCAUGACUGCAGGUAUGGAUUUUAAACAGGAUCGUCGCCAAUGCCGUUUUGACAUACUAUUUGGGCCAUUGAUGAUGGAUCUUGAUGUUGACUCCGCCGAAGUCCAUUACAUCUUCCAGCGAGUGAUUGAAAAAGGCGCGGUUGUUGACUCAACAUUGGGGGGCCUGGCUCGACUUAUGCCAAACUCCAUAUUGCCGCCCAUCAACGACGAAGCUAAGUCAUUUUACACGCCACAAAGGCUAGCACAAUGGGAGCACGAGAUCGAAAAGACCCACAGUAAAGCCGGUGACCUGACCAUUUUCCUCCAGAAACUGAUGGAGCUGGAUUACAAGUUCUGGAAGGCCGGGGGCAACCUGGUCUUGGGCUCGGAUGCCGUCGCACUGGCUGGAGCAGUGCCUGGCUCGACUAAUUUGGAGAGCCUUGAGCUAUUGUUCAUGGCUGGCAUCCCGCCGCUGGAGGUCAUCAAGAUUGCCACACUGAAUGGAGCGCGAGCUUUGGACUUGUUUGAUCGAGGGACCGUCGCUGAGGGUCAACGCGCUGACCUGAUCCUGUUGAAUGGUAAUGCAGUGGAGGACUUCAAGGCAAUCUAUGAAAUCGACACAGUAUUUAAGAAAGGAAUAGGAUAUUCUUCGGCUAGAUUACAGGAGAGUGUACGUGGCACGAUUGGUAUCAUAAAUUAG